CAGUACUCGGACACAAAUAACUAACUACUAUUUAUAUCUCUAUUAUGUUGGUGGGAGUGGAAAUCCGAUGUUUCGCAAAUCCGUCGAUUCCAUUGUUUUUUUUUGCUGAAACCUCAAUGAAUCAGUUUUACCAAGCUGCCUAGUUGCCCUAGUAGGCGUUGCUCUCUGCAGUAUUUAACAAGUGCACCGGGACAAAGCGAGUUAGUCUCGACAGAGCAGGAACCCGAGAGCUCUUCAGUCAAUUUGCGUAUAACCUACAGACUUCAAUGGGCCUACUAUAACCUCAAUAUUGACACCAGUCUAGGGACUCUCAAAAGCAUUCAAGGGGACAUUCUGUGCAAUUUCUGUGUUGACGGAGUUACAAAGGACACCGAAAGGCCUUUUAUUGUGGAUUCUGUCUUUUUCACAACACGGCCUUCCCCCUACUGCGGUGAACGCCACCAUGAGUCUGAGUGUGAACGAGCUGACGGAGCUGAUGGAGAUGUGGUCGGAGCUUAACUUCACAGGGGACAACAUGUCAUCCCACCACGUAGAGGCUCUGCUGUGCCCGGCUGGGUUCAGCCACGCGGCGGUGCUCUACACCCUCUCUGUCCUCUACAUCUUCAUCUUCCUGGUGGGCCUGGCCGCCAACACCCUGGUGGUGUGGGUCAACCUCCGCUCAGAGAGGAACCGUUUUGAAACCCACCUGUACAUCCUCAACCUGGCUGUGGCUGACCUCUGUGUGGUGGCUACUCUCCCAGUCUGGGUCAGCUCGCUGCUACAGCGCGGCCACUGGCCCUUCGGCGAGGCCGUCUGUAAGAUCACCCACCUGGUGUUCAGCGUCAACCUCUUCGGGAGUAUCUUCUUCCUCACCUGUAUGAGCGUGGACCGCUACCUGUCCGUGGCGCUAUUCGGAGACGGAGGGAACAGCCGCAGGAAGAAGGUGGUGCGGAGGGUGAUCUGUAUCCUGGUUUGGCUGCUGGCACUGGCCGCCUCCGUCCCAGACACUUACUUUCUCCAGGCGGUCAAGUCCACACACUCUGACGCCACCCUGUGCCGGCCCGUCUACCCCACUGACAACCCCCGAGAGUGGAUGGUGGGCAUCCAGCUUAGCUUCAUCAUCCUGGGCUUCGCCAUCCCGUUCCCAGUCAUCGCUGUCUUCUACCUGUUAUUAGCAAGCUCCAUUGGCAACGCCAACCCGCCCGGCUCCAGCGCCAACUCAAACCAGGAGCGCCGCAUCAGCCGGAAGAUCAUCCUGACCUACAUUGUGGUGUUCCUGGUCUGCUGGCUGCCCUACCACGGAGUCCUAUUGGUCGACACUUUAUCUCUCCUCAACGUCCUGCCCUUCAGCUGCAGGCUGGAGAACUUCCUGUAUGUGUCCCUCCACCUGACCCAGUGCUUCAGCCUCAUCCACUGCUGCAUCAACCCCGUCAUUUAUAACUUCAUCAAUAGAAACUACCGUUACGACCUCAUGAAGGCCUUCAUCUUCAAGUAUUCCACCAAGACGGGCCUGGCCAAGCUCAUUGACGCAUCACAUGUGUCCGAGACAGAGUACUUGGCCGUGGCGGCGGUGGAGAAUAACGUGUGAUUGGCCCGCUGGGAGAGGAAAAUUGUCCCUGAGGGGAAAAUUGUCUUGGACACACAGAGGUGAUGUCACACAACUCACAGAGAACUGACUCUCUACCAAACGGACUCUAUUUAAGGCCUGCUGAAUGGGCUGAACAGUUAACUGACUGAAUGCAGUCCCUGGGAAGGACAUCUCAAGCACAUUAGACGCACUGUAAAAGACCAAGACCAAAUAUGCUCUGUUUCAGUGUAACUCCCGUUUUGUUGUAAUUUCCCCCUUUUUGAGUGAGUUUGGUUAACUUCUCCCUUUCUGAGUGAGUUUGGUUAACUUCUCCCUUUCUGAGUGAGUUUGGUUAACUUCUCCCUUUCUGAGUGAGUUUGGUUAACUUCCCCCUUUCUGAGUGAGUUUGGUUAACUUCCCCCUUUCUGAGUGAGUUUGGUUAACUUCCCCCUUGCCUAGUAACAGGGGUGGGGGGUCUUCUUGAGAAAGCACUUCUUCUGAACUGGAGACUUGGUGUCACCCAAACAGAUGGUUCAACGACACCGUAAACACACACACACACA